AGUCGGCCAACUGACGUCGCUACCGCUCCCCCAGUCAGUCAGUCACUCGUGUGGGAUUCAGAAACAUGGCCGCUGUGAAAGCUCUGUGCAGAGUAGAUACUUUAUUGUUUAAACAUGUUUCAGGUCAAGGCAGAAUUAAAAUAAGCGUCGGCCACAAUCCUUUGAGCAAGGUAUGUGGCUGCUACUUAUCGACCUCCAGUCAGAGAAGUGCAAAGUUCUACUCUGAUCCCACAGAGGCGGUGAAGGACAUCCCGAAUGGGGCAACGGUGCUUGUGGGAGGGUUUGGAUUGUGUGGAAUACCGGAGAAUCUCAUCAACAGUUUGCUGAAAACAGGCGUGAAGGAUCUCACUGCUGUCAGCAACAAUGCAGGAGUGGAUAACUUUGGUCUUGGGCUGCUUCUGAAGACCAAGCAGAUCAAGAGGAUGAUCGCCUCGUAUGUCGGGGAGAAUGCUGAGUUUGAGCGACAGUAUCUUUCUGGAGAGCUGGAGGUGGAAUUGACGCCACAAGGCACUCUGGCAGAAAGAAUCAGGGCAGGGGGCGCUGGGAUCCCAGCUUUCUUCACAGCUACUGGAUAUGGCACGCUCAUCCACCAGGGAGGAUCCCCCAUUAAGUACAACAAAGACGGCAGCAUUUGCAUUGCCAGCGAGAAGAGAGCGGAGCAGGAGUUUAAUGGCAGACACUACAUUAUGGAGAAGGCCAUCACCGGUGACUUCGCUCUGAUUAAAGCUUGGAAGGCUGACAAGGCGGGAAACAUUGUUUUCAGGAAAACAGCCAGAAACUUCAACCAGCCCAUGUGCAAGGCUGCCAAAACCACCGUCAUUGAGGUGGAGGAGGUGGUUGAUGUUGGAACUUUUGCUGCAGAAGACAUCCACAUUCCCAGCAUCUACGUCCACAGAGUGGUCCAGGGAGCCGGUUAUGAAAAACGCAUUGAGAAACGCACAGUGAAGAAAGGUCAGGAGGAGAAGCCAAAACCCAAGAAGGACUCGGACAUCGUCAGAGAGCGGAUCAUCCGACGUGCUGCCUUGGAAUUUGAGGAUGGGAUGUACGCUAAUCUAGGUAUUGGCAUCCCCAUGCUGGCCAGCAAUUUCAUCAAACCUGACAUCACUGUACACCUCCAGAGUGAAAAUGGAAUUUUAGGACUGGGCCCGUACCCCUCAGAAGAUGAAGUGGAUGCAGACCUGAUCAACGCUGGAAAGGAGACUGUGACGGUUCUGCCUGGUGCCGCCUAUUUCUCCAGUGAUGAGUCAUUUGCCAUGAUCCGGGGGGGUCACGUCAACCUGACAAUGCUGGGAGCCAUGCAAGUGUCAAAACAUGGAGAUCUGGCCAACUGGAUGAUUCCGGGUAAAAUGGUGAAGGGAAUGGGUGGAGCCAUGGACUUGGUGGCGAGCGCUGGAACUAAGGUUGUGGUGACUAUGGAACACUCAGCAAAGGGGGGGAAACACAAGAUUUUGGACACGUGCAGCCUACCUCUGACAGGAAAGGAGUGUGUGGACCGCAUUAUCACCGAAAAGGCCGUGUUUGAUGUGGAUAAGACAAAAGGCCUGACUCUGAUCGAGAUUUGGGAGGGGCUCACUCCCGAGGAUAUCAAGGCCUGCACUGGAGCUCCCUUUGAGGUGUCUCCAGAUCUGAAGCCCAUGCAGCAAAUCUAAGGAGGAAUAAAAGAGAAGCUUGUCAGUCUUGUGUUUUUGAAUGUAGACAGUAACUGUGUAGUCCUCAGCAGUUAAAUCAGCAGGUACCUUUGGUCUCCUAACAGAGAAGCCUGAUUCAACUUGUCUUACUCUCUACCUGUUAGAUGAAUUCCUAAAGUGUCGGUCUGAUUGUUCUUUAGAAAAAGAAUUCAGGAAAAGAAGGCGGCCAUGUUGGACAUUUUGUUUUGUCUUUAAAAUAUGAUCGAUGCUCCAACACUGGAGUGAAAAGAGUGACUUCAGACAUGCAUGCAGUCCUCGCAGCAGCUUUUGCUUCUUGGCACUUGAAUGGGAUCUCAAUAAAACUGUAACUCUGUCUGUACAAAAACUGGACAAAACAUGGACAAACUCAAUGCCUUUCUAAUUUUGUCAAACAUACAAUAAAACUGGUCGAAUCAUAUUUUGAACAUUUAGACUGAUGUUGUCCGUUGCUGACUGUAAUCUGAUGUAUGGAUUUGAAUAUUCCAAAAAUUUGUUUUAUUACCAAAAUUCAAUGAAGCGGGUGAUCUAACAUAAUCAAACUGG